CAAUGGGGGCGCUCGGAACGCCGGCGGCCGCUGGGUAACGUGGUUACAUGUCAGAGACUAACACUUGAGGAUGGAACAUGGACUGAGGCGCGGGCGGCAGCGGCAGCUGCAGCAGCCCCAGCCCCAGCCCCAGCCGCCCGGGGAGUGAAGCGCGCGGCAAUGAGUCCGGCUCCGACCGGAUUCAGCCCACAAGACAACAGUCUCAGCACUGAUCACACUGGCUUCUAUGAGCUCAUAUCGUCUCCAUUUGCCUAAUUCCUCUAGUAGCAAGUGAGAUGGAUAAGGCUUCCUUGUUGGGGCACUGAACUGUGUACAUAGAUAGCCCCACCUGGACUGCUUUUGCAAUUCAAGCCCACCAUGACAGGCUCCACUUCCAAUGCUCACCACUGUCCCCAUCCCAAGGGAGCUAAAGGGGGCCGGUCAAGAAGCACUCAUGCCCGGCCAGUCAGCACGACCAACAAUGGGGGCUCAGAGGAAGAAGACAAAGAUGGAGGGGUGCUUUUUCUUGUUAAUAAAAGCGGCUUCCCUAUUGACAGACAGACCUGGGAGAGGAUGUGGGUGCAUGUGGAAAAGGUGCAUCCUGAAGGCAAAGAGAUAGUAGAGACAAUAAGGAAUGCUGUGUACCUGGCUAAACCCUCAGUGCCACCAGUGCCAAACUACAAGCUCUCCAUGUCUAUCCCGGAAUGGCUGCAGGCAAUACAGAACUAUAUGAAGAUGCUGCAAUACAAUCACACGGGAACUCAGUUCUUUGAAAUUAGAAAAACAAGACCUCUAAGUGGGUUAAUGGAGACAGCGAAAGAAAUGACCAGGGAAUCAUUACCUAUCAAAUGCCUUGAAGCAGUUAUCCUGGGGAUAUACUUAACCAACGGGCAGCCUUCUGUGGAACGAUUCCCAAUCAGCUUUAAAACCCACUUCUCAGGGAACUAUUUUCAUCAUGUGGUGCUCGGGAUUUACUGCAAUGGCCGGUAUGGCUCACUGGGCAUGAGCAGAAGAUCAGAUCUGAUGGACAAAGCUUUGACCUACCGAACUCUGAGCGAUCUCAUCUUUGAAUUUGAAGACUCCUAUAAAAAGUAUUUACACUCAGUCAAGAAAGUAAAAGUCGGAUUAUAUGUCCCGCAUGAGCCACACAGCUUUCAACCCAUUGAGUGGAAGCAGCUGGUCCUCAACGUAUCAAAAAUGAUGCGGACAGAUGUCAGGAAGGAGCUGGAGAAAUAUGCCAGGGAUAUGAGAAUGAAGAUUCUGAAACCCGCAAGUGCCCAUUCUCCAAUAAAAGACAGAUCACGGGGUAAGUCAUUGUCCCCUCGCCGAAGGCAAAUCAGCCCUCAGAGACGGGCAUGCAGAAGAGACAAAUCGCCUGCAGUGAUGGACAAGAAAGGGGGUGACCUCACUACGCUGAAUGAUGUCGGCUAUCAACUGCGCAUCUAACAAAGCCAUAGGCCAGAGAGAGGGCUUCCAUGGUGCUUCUCACUGCACUUUGCUCUGCGCCCCACUGGAAGGAAAAAGGACUAUUUAUUAAGAUCUUCUGGAUUUUUUUUUUUUUUUUUUUAAGUCUCACCGAGGAAAUAGGAAUUCUAGAAUGAAGGUGGUGGUAACUUAUUUUUUUUAAUUCAUGAAGUGGCAUCAAUGAAAAAUUUAAUUACUUUUAUUCCUCCCCAUCAAAUAGGAGAGAACUAUUGUGCUCGAGGGUUUUUUAAAAUUUGAAAUAAUUGUUUCUCUCUCUUUUUUUUUUAACUGGCUUUGAACAUUUGUGCUACAUUGGUAGUAUUAGGAGUGGUAAUUAAAUCAUACUCCUCAUUGUGUUAAAAUGUGCUGGGGUGCAGUAUUAAAAAAAAUCAAGUCCAAUAUUGAUAGUUAAUUCAGCAAUAAACUAGCAGUGCAGAGGUGGAUGUGAGUUUUUAAGUGUCAACAUUACCUCACUAAACUUACAACAGAUAUGCAAGAUUGACAGUAUUAUUUUGUAACUCCUUUGUACUGUUUCCCAGCAUUUUUGGUAGACUUAUUAUGGCAUUAGAUGGCACCCUGCCACCCUAUUAUGUGCAUGCCUACGAAAGAAUUUAAGGUAUGUUUAUAUGCAAGUGUCUUCUUAAAAGCACUGACAUAAUCUUAGAGAUAUGGAAAAACUGUUUGAGGUUUUUGUUGCUUUUUUAAAAUGCUGAUAACUGACCAAUAAUGGAUUUUUAAAAUUUUCAUAAGUUUUUUUUAUACUUUGUCACAAGCUUUUAAACUUUCCAGACUACAGUGUUUAAAGCACAAGGCAUGGAGAUCAUUGUUUUGUAGAGACAAGUGUCUGCAUUGUAGAGACAAACUGUUUGGUGUACAUUCUCAGAAUAACAGAGAAAUGUCAGAGUCCAGAGCUUUUGCUCAAGUGUUUACUUUUUGCUUUUGUAAUUUUUUUCACAUGUAAUUUUCUAAUCAUGUGUCUGAAAGGUUGAGUAGUCCAAGGUGGUGAUGUCUUAUGGUGAGAGAUCACUGAGGAAGUAAUGCUGCCACCAGUUUUUCAGAAAGAUUUUCCUUGCUAGGGAUCAUAGUGACAUACCUGUACAGAGUGUUGGGAAGGAAAUUCUUGUUGGGUAAAUUCAGCAAUAAAAUUAGAUAAUAUUUUUUAACAAACUAUAUCUGAAAAUCAAGUUCUUUCCUCUUGUGUCUUCCCAUUGAAAACUACUGCUAAGAGCAUGUGGCCAGAUCAUCAAGAGAACUUCUCUCUCUUUGAGGGACCGAAUUGAAGGGGUUUAAAUUGUCUGAAGUGCUCAGACCUCUGCAGUUCUCGCUGAACUCUCUUAGGAGCUGUUGGUUUGGAGUACUUGGAAAUAUAGCUAAUUCAGCAGGUAUCUAAGUAGAAGCAGAUCUCUUUUGAAAGCCCAACAUAUGCCUUGUAUAUCAUUGAAAAAACAUACUGAACUAUUACCUCUCUUUGAUUCUUGGAGGAGGGAGAGGUGGACAAAAUCUUAGUGAAUGAAGGGAUUUGGGCUUCUGGAACACUAGCUGAAUCAGCAGAUGAAUGAAACGGAUAUAGGUAAAAAGGAUAUAGAACAUGAGGAAAACCAGGCCCCGGCUGUAAAGAUAUUUUAGCAAACACUUCAAGCUGCACAGAAUAGCUGACUGUGAAGAACUAGUAGACUAGGAAAACAAUAUGGAAUAGAAGUUAUCCUGUUCCAAACAUUAAUACAUCUUCCGUUCACUGCCAUUAGAUGCUGAAACCACAGCAGAAAGAAAUGCAAAUGAACUUGGGGUGUAUUGCUUUAAUUAGUAACUUCCUUUCUCCCAUCUCCAUGCGCGCAUACAACAUCCAGGUUAAUUUCAGUUGUAUAUAUGACAAGUCAUUAGGCAACUUAACUUGCAAUAUAGCAAGCUUUAUAGCUAUUCAUUUAGAGUCCACAAUGGGAGGCUCUGCUUUAUUAAAAAAAAUUUGACUGUUAAAAAGUUGGUUCCCCAAAGUUAGGCCCUGAUUCUCCUUGCAGUUGGUGUAGCAAUUUUCAUGUAUGAAAACAGAUGAAAGAAACUUUACUCCUCACUCUGCUCAGUAGAAAUGAGUCUUCCAUAGCCAUAUACCCCGUGAAAUUGGGCCCUAAGAUACUAGUAGAGUGAGGUAUGUUGUAGUUUCUUAAAAAGUAAUUGAAUUGAAAAGUAGCAGCAGGCCAGCUGAUUUAUUGUCAUGUUAAAGAGUCACUACCACAGGUGUGGUGGUGAGUAAACAUUGUGAUGUACUGAUCUGAUGUCUGGUUGCUUAUAGAUGAAAAAGAACAAAAGAAAAAGGCCUUUUUUUAAUGGAUUUUUUUUUUUUAAUUGAAUGUAGUUCACUACAGGCUUGUACAAAGCUCAGUGCAAGACUUUCCCUCUUCCCACAAAACCAACUGGCUGGUAACAUUUACUCCGCACCUCUCCAGCUUUUAUUUGGAUCAUGUCUUAUCUUCUCUCCCUCCUCUAAAGGUCAGCACUAGGGAUGAUGGCAUAACUGAAUUUUCAGGAUAACUUAAGUUGUAGAGAGGGCCCCUCAGGCUUUGUUUGCAAGCGUCAGCUCUUAUUCCCUUUAAGUUUUUAAGAAUAGAGUUUGGGGAGUAGAGCUGAGGUAGAAAGUUAAAAAAAAUCAUGUCUUCUGGUUUAAAUUCCAACCAGGUUCAAAUUUGGGUUCUAAAGCAAUAAAUGCUUCUUCAUAGGUUGUGAUUCUGCAAAACAGAGAUCAGCUUACACAAUAGGUGUCUAGAUUCUGAAAGUUAGACUCGCAAAGGAACAGAACUCUGGCCUUUAACUGUAUUUUUUUUCAUUAGGUUACACCCAAUUUUAAACUAUUCAAGCUUUUUUUUUUCACAGCUACCCUAACUUUAUACCUCUUGCCAUUUAAUAACAACUGAAUGGUUUUUACCAGUAUUCAGAACAUUUUUGAGUUGCAUCUUUUUGACCCUAACUUACACUGAAGCUUUUAUAAACUGUAGAGCUAUGUGACAAGCUAUUUUGUACUUUUUGGUUUUGAAGUUCAAAUAUUCAUCUUCUUGCUGUUUGCUCUUACAAUUGCAUUUCUGUUGACUCAUAACUGUGAUUCUAGUGACUAUUUUUCUAGCUCAUUGCAAACGUCAAAUGAUAUUGUAGAAUACACGUGCAUGGGGGCUCUGCUUUUUGCUUUUCUCAUCACUUGUACAUUUAUAUGAAGCAUGAAACUUUAAUAAAAUGUCUUGGAAGUCUU